AGCUUACCGCAGCUUCAGGUUUCAACACUUGCUGGAACUUCGUCGCUACCACCGUUGAGCUGUGUUUUUAAAAGACAGUCAGCCAGGCAGCAGCUUUUCUAGUCGCGUAGAAAGCUGCCCUCCUCUUUGCUUUGUGGACGAUAGAGAAGCGCCGAAAAAAUGACUUUAAUGUCGAGGAUUUAGCGAGUUUGUGUUGUUGAAUACUUGAAGCCACCUGAAACUGAGCAGAACUGUUGACUUGUCACAAUGAGAAGCAGGAGCAACUCGGGCGUUAAGCUGGACAACUAUGCCCGGAUGGUGCACCAAACUAUCCUGCAGCACCAAGAUCCAGUGACAGGUCUUCUGCCGGGCAGCACUGAACAGUCUCACUCCUGGGUCAGAGACAAUGUUUACUGCGUCCUGUCUGUGUGGGCGCUCAGUCUGGCCUACAGGAAGAACGCCGACAGGGACGAAGACAAGGCCAAGGCCUACGAACUGGAGCAGAGUGUGGUGAAGCUAAUGAGAGGCAUCCUUCAGUGCAUAAUGAGGCAGCUGGGUAAGGUGGAGAAGUUUAAAUACAGCAGAAGUACCUCAGACUCACUCCAUGCCAAGUACAACACCAAGACCUGUGCUCCGGUUGUCGGGGACGACCAGUGGGGUCACCUGCAGGUCGACGCCACCUCACUCUUCCUGCUCUUCCUCGCUCAGAUGACCGCAUCCGGUCUCCAUAUUGUCUACACCCAAGAUGAAGUGGACGUAGUUCAGAAUCUAAUGUUCUACAUUGAGGCGGCUUACAAAGUGGCUGAUUAUGGGAUGUGGGAGAGAGGAGACAAAACCAACCAGGGCAUCACUGAGAUUAACGCCAGCUCUAUAGGCAUGGCCAAGGCAGCUCUGGAGGCUUUGGACGAGCUCAACCUGUUCGGAGCAAAAGGAGGACCUGGAUCUGUCGUCCACGCUUUGGCUGACGACAUACAGCACUGCCAGUCCAUCCUGACCUCGAUGUUACCCAGAGCGUCCAUCUCUAAAGAGGUGGACGCCGGAGUCCUGGCGAUCAUCUCGUACCCCGCCUUCGCUGUGGAUGACAUCAGCAUCGUCAACAUGACCAAGGAGGAGAUCAUCUCUAAACUGCAGGGUCGAUACGGCUGCUGCAGGUUUCUCAGAGACGGACACAAAACACCUAAAGAGGAUCCAAACCGUCUGUAUUACGAGUCUGCAGAACUGAAGCUGUUUGAAAACAUUGAGUGCGAGUGGCCGCUGUUCUGGACCUACCUCAUACUGGAUGGCAUCUUUAUCAACAGCCCUGAGCAGGUGCAGGAGUACCAGGAGGCUCUGGAGGGCAUCCUGAUCAAACAGAAAGACGGGAUACGACUGCUGCCAGAGCUCUACAGUGUCCCCCCAGAUAAGGUGGAGGAGGAGUAUUUGAACCCUCACUCUGUGGAGAGGGUGCCGAUGGGCAAAUGUCCUCUGAAAUGGGGACAGUCUCUGUACAUCCUUGGAAACCUUCUGGCUGAGGGAUUUCUUGCCCCCGGAGAGAUCGACCCUCUUAACCGACGUUUCUCCACCGUCCCAAAGCCGGAUGUGGUCGUACAGGUGUCAGUUCUGGCAGAGACUGAGGAGAUUAAAGCGCUGCUGCUAAAGAACGGUAUAAAUGUGGAAACUGUCGCUGACAUCUAUCCCAUCCACGUGCAGCCCUCCAGCGUCCUCAGCCACAUCUACGCCAGACUCGGUCGUAACCCGAGGCUGGGUCUGUCGGGACGGCCCUACAGGAGAAUAGGAGUGCUGGGAACCUCCAAGUUCUACACCAUCAGAAACACCCUCUUCUCAUUCACACCUCAGUUCAUCGACCACCAACAGUUCUACUUGGCGUUGGACAACAAAAUGAUCGUGGAGAUGUUGAGGACGGAAAUCUCCUACCUCGCAUCCAGAUGGAGGAUGACCGGACGACCCACCGUCACUUUUCCCAUUUCACAGACUAUGCUGACUGAUGAGCACACAAACUUGGACCCUGUAGUGUUGGCCACACUGAAGAAACUACAGGAUGGAUAUUUUGGAGGAGCAAGGAUCCAGACAGGAAAGCUGUCGGAGUUCUUGACCACUUCUUGUUUCGCUCACCUGAGCUUCCUGGACGGUAAGGGUUCUGGCAGCAUGAGCCACCGCCGCGAAGAGUAUGAUGAUGAUGAGAGUGACGGCGAUGGAUACGUGCAUGAGUUACGUAAUGAUGAUGAGGCUGACGACCUCGCCCAGUACCUGGACCACCUGCUGGCCCACGCUGCCCCGAAGAAGCCCAAACGGCAGGUGGGAGCUCUGGGGAAGUUCAAGGCUUUGGCCACCAAAACCAAGGACAUGGUGUCUCUGAUGAACAAGGCUCAGGACCUCGACAUCCAAAAUGUCAACAUGUACCUUCCGAACAAGCUGUUUCACUCUCCUCAGCCUUCCCUCAACCUGAACCUCCCAGACCCGUCUGCACUGCAAGGAACCCAGGCUUCGGGGGCGACAGCCUCAGCAAAGGACGUUAUCCCCACAGAUGCCAGCGGAAACAUCGACCACAACGCUUUGGUCCAGCUGCUAAAAGACACCCAGAGUCUCCAGGACCAGGGCGAUAUACUCUACAUCCUCUUCAAAGACAAGGGCAUGGACUGGGACACUCAUCUGCACGGUAAAGGCUCCACGGUGAGAUCUCUGCUCUCUGACCUGUAUGAGAAGGCAGGUGAAGUCAAACACUGGGGCCUUAUCAGGAUGAUCUCUGGCAUGCUAAAGAAGAAGGUGGAGGAGCUCGACUCGGCCUGCUCUGACUUGCUAGCGCAUCAGAAGCACCUGACGGUGGGUCUGCCUCCGGAGCCCCGAGAGAAAACCAUCACUGCUCCCAUACCUCCAGACCAGCUGGCCGCUCUCAUCGACGAGGCCAGCGACAACAACAUCAGCGUGGCCAUUCUCACUCAGGAGAUCAUGGUGUACCUGGCUAUGAGCAUAAGGACUCAGCCCAGCCUGUUCAGCGAGAUGUUCAGGCUCCGUAUCGGUCUCAUCAUCCAGGUCAUGGCCACUGAACUGGCCCAGUCGCUCAACUGCUCAGGAGAGGAGGCUACAGAGAGUCUGAUGAGUCUCGGCCCAUCAGAGCUGAAGAAUCUCCUCCACCACAUUCUCAGUGGGAAAGAGUUUGGAGUUCAAUGCAGUGUUAGAGAGCUGGAUGCCGGCAUCAGUCCUGCCAUCUCCAUCCAUCAACUGGGCAACGUGGGCGCCACCAAGAGCGAGAGAGCCGGCAUCAGCAAACUGAAGAGCGACAUGAGGAUGCUGGAACACCGCUUGUCUUUGACGGAUCCGAGUAAGGCGGAGCACAGGUUGUCCUUGUCGGAUCCAUUUAAGGAACCCCGGUUGUCUUUGACAGAUCCGGCUGCGGAGAUGGACCGAAGGGUGUCUUUGACUGACUCAGUUAAGCUGGACCAGUCACUGACCUCCCCGCGCAAGGGCAUGCGAUCUCAGUCUCUGGACAUAGAAAGCUUUGAAUCUGGGAGGUACAAGAUGCAGUCCAUAGAAUCUCUGGACAUUCCCGAAUGCUUGCCAGUUACCAAGGAUUCCAGACACGGCCAAUGGCUGCGCAGGAGGCGUCUGGACGGAGCCUUGAACCGCGUUCCUGUGGGCUUCUACCAGAAAGUCUGGAAGAUCCUGCAGAAGUGCCACGGUUUGUCCAUAGAAGGGUUUGUCCUCCCUUCUUCAACCACCAGAGAGAUGACACCAGGAGAGAUCAAAUUCUCCGUCCACGUGGAGACGGUUUUGAACCGCGUCCCUCAGCCUGAGUACCGGCAGCUGCUGGUGGAAGCCAUCCUGGUGCUCACCAUGCUGGCCGACGUGGAGAUCCCGAGCAUCGGCUCCAUCAUCCACGUGGAGAAGAUCGUCCAGAUGGCCAACGACAUGUUCUACAAGGAUCAGAGAGACCUGGGAGCAGAGGAGCACUUCCUGGAGCGGGACCCGUCCACCGGAGUGUGCAGGCUGCUGUACGACAGCGCCCCGAGUGGCCGCUUUGGGAGCAUGACCUACCUCACCAAGGCCGUGGCGGCGUACGUGCAGGACUUCCUGCCCUGCGAGGCGUGUGCGGUGCAGUGAGAGCACGACCCAUGAAACCAGAGCAGGGGUGAAACCACUCGGUAGAAAAUGAAGUUAAAGCUAAAAUGAAGCUAAAAUUUGCAAGAGUUUUCACAUUAAAGUAACAAUAAAAUGAACAGUACAUAAAUAUGUAUAUUGUCACUAUGUGUGUUAGUGCAGAGUGUAAUAGAAAGACGCAUGUUACAGUAUGUUUUAUUUAUAGGCUUAAUGUGAAAAUCUGCUGAUCUGUGAUACAUGUUUUUAGAUAAAAACUUUGUGUUGAAGGGGCAUCGACACAGGUUUAGUCCCCAGUGUUUCGGCGUCCUUGUCUCCAUGGACAACACACUCUUCGCCCGUGCAAAGGUCACAGGUAUAUCAUUUUAUUUGGGGAAAAGGGGGUUCAGAAAUUCCUUAAAACACUGCAGGCACUGUGGCAUUAAUACACACAUGGUGCUCUAGUGAUUAUUUACCGCAGCAGAACAGUAAACUCAAAAUGAACUACAAGGCCCAUGUUCAUUUUAAUGAAGGAACAUGGAACAUGUCACCCAGAACAACUGUGGCUCAUAACUGGGUUUUUUUUAAAUUAGUUUUUGAACAACAUUAGACCAAUUUGGAGUGGACGUCACAGUUACGUCACUGCAAUUGCGCAUGCAUUGUGGUGGCAGAAAAACAGCCGAAACAAUGGUGAAUGUACUGUUUAUCACAAUACAGCCUUGGUUUUUCCGGAACAACUUUCUUUUAAUACAUCCAUGUGGAUAGCUGGCAAGUUUCUUAGCUAGCUUGAUUAUUCCACCAUGUUUUAAUUCUACGUUGGUUACAGAAAAUUAGCCAAACAGCCGACUGGUGAACAGCAGCAGUGUUAGCUUCAGAGACGGAUAAGCUAGCUAGCUAACCAGCCAGCCCUAACCUUAGCUUAUCUGUCUUCGGAUAUACUGUAGAUAUAGAAUACCACCAGACUUCUCCUUAAAUUGGCAAAGGUCAAUUUCCAUCCGCUACUCAUGCAGGUGUGAUUUAAGAAUUUCUUUUGAGAAAAUAGUUGAUUGUAUUCAUUUUAUCAGUGGAAAUCAAUGUGAUAUGACCCUCACAACGCAUUUCAGUUAUUUCUUUUUACAGCAGAGUAAUCACUGACUUAUGUGAACUUUCAGCCAGAAUACACACAGUUUUCAUGCGUUUUUACCGAAUUUUAUCAUUUAUGAGCUCAUCAAUAACUUUGGAUACAAAAAAACAAACCAUCAGCGACUUUACCAAUACAUUUAACAAAAUCUCAUCUAAUCAAAUAUAUUACCUUACCUAAUUAUUACCUAAAACUCAUGUCACUUUACCUCCAAUCCUACAUGCUGUAUGAUGUAUAAAAUAAUGACAAAUACUUAGAGAUUAUCUACAGACUAUUUAUUUUAUAGCUCCUAACUGAUAAUUAAAGAAAGUUAAAGAUAGGUGUCUUAAAGAGGACUGUUUGGGAGAUUUCUUGAAUGCCUUAACAUUGUUACACUUGUAAAAGUAUGUGUGUGAUUGAAACUAUAGGAGUGCCGUUUUCUUUUUAAAUAUGCAGAAAAAAGAAGCAAAUUUAGAGAUUGUGUAGUAAUUUAAACCACCAUGUUUUUUAACACAUAAAAUAACUUUUAUUGUGGAAAUGAAGUGUUUUCAGCAUGCAGUGUACUUGGUUUGAAUGCAGUGAUUUCUAUGUCAACUUAAUAAGUGCAAUUCAGGUUUCUGUCCUCUCAAGAAGGGAAAGGCCUUAAUUUACUUUAAUCUGCAAAACUGUAAUUUUGUUGUUGGUUAUUUGCAGCAAAACUUAAAGCCAUUUACUCAUAUUUUACAUGUCACCUUUAAGUGUGUGCUGCACAACAGUUUGAAGGAUAGUGUCUAGUGCAUUUUGAGAAAAAUAAUGCCUCUUGUUUAAUGUCUACCGACUGAUCGAUCAGUUAUUUUGUGAUAUCAGAAGAUGUGAGCGCCACACUCCAUGUGAAAAACAAGCAGUCAUGGCGGAAUGUGUGAGUCACUUCUCUACAUAAUACUAAACCCUGAAAAGAAAGGAAGCAUUGGUUUCUAUGUUACUAGCAACGGAUGGAUGUUUUUCUUGUUUUUGAAAGUAAUUCUGUAAUAAAAGUGAGAAAACA